GUCCGAGGUCUGGCUGCGCGCACUAUAUGACAGUACGUCAGCAGCGGGAUGGCCGUAGCUGUGGCGGCGGCUGCAGAAGCCCUAGCAGCCGCGGCCGCAGUGGAGGCUAGAGCCCGAGCGGCAUCGGCGUCGGCACCCCGGGGAGUGUAAGAUGGCGGCAGGGGGGGCGGCGGGCCUGCGGGAGGAGCAGCGCUAUGGGCUGUCGUGCGGACGGCUGGGACAAGACAACAUUACUGUACUGCAUGUGAAGCUCACCGAGACGGCGAUCCGGGCGCUCGAGACCUACCAGAGCCACAAGAAUUUAAUUCCUUUUCGACCUUCAAUUCAGUUCCAAGGGCUCCAAGGGCUUGUCAAAAUCCCUAAAAACGAUCCCCCCAAUGAAGUGCAUACUUUCAACUUCUAUUUGUCAAAUGUGGGUAAGGACAACCCUCAGGGCAGCUUUGACUGCAUCCAGCAAACAUUUUCCAGCUCUGGAGCCUCCCAGCUCAAUUGCCUGGGAUUUAUACAAGAUAAAAUUACAGUGUGUGCAACGAAUGACUCGUAUCAGAUGACACGAGAAAGAAUGACCCAGGCAGAGGAGGAAUCCCGCAACCGAAGCACAAAAGUUAUCAAACCCGGUGGACCAUAUGUAGGGAAAAGAGUGCAAAUUCGGAAAGCACCUCAAGCUGUUUCAGAUGCAGUGCCUGAGAGGAAACGGUCAGCCCCCAUGAAUCCUGCCAAUACGAUUCGAAAGACUCACAGCAGCAGCAGUGUUUCUCAGCGGCCAUAUAGGGACAGGGUGAUCCACUUACUGGCACUGAAGGCCUACAAGAAACCAGAGCUGCUGGCGCGACUGCAGAAAGAUGGUGUCAAUCAGAAAGACAAGAACUCCCUCGGAGCGAUUCUGCAGCAGGUAGCCAAUCUGAAUCCUAAGGACCUCUCGUAUACCUUAAAGGAUUAUGUUUUCAAAGAGCUUCAAAAAGACUGGCCUGGAUACAAUGAAAUAGACAGACGGUCAUUACAGUCAGUGCUCUCAAGAAAAUUAAAUCCAUCUCAGAAUGCUGCCAGCACCAGCCGUUCAGAAUCUCCUGUAUGUUCUAGUAGAGAUGCUGCGUCUUCUCCUCAGAAACGGCCUUUAGAUUCAGAUUUCAUUGAUCCUUUAAUGAAUAAGAAAGCUCGAAUAUCUCACCUGACAAGUAGAGUGCCGCCAACAUUAAAUGGUCAUUUGAAUCCCACCAGUGAAAAAUCUGCUGCAGGCCUCUUGCCACCUCCUGCAGCUGCUGCCAUCCCUACUCCUCCGCCGCUGCCUUCAACCCACCUGCCUGUUUCCAACCCUCCGCAGACUGUAAAUUCUAACUCCAAUUCCCCUAGCACUCCAGAAGGCCGGGGGACUCAAGACCUACCUGUUGACAGUUUUAGUCAAAACAGUAGUAUAUAUGAGGACCAGCAAGACAAAUAUACCUCUAGGACUUCUCUGGAAACCUUACCCCCUGGUUCAGUUCUACUAAAGUGUCCAAAGCCUAUGGAAGAAACUCCUUCAAUGUCUCACAAAAAGUCCAAAAAGAAGUCUAAAAAACACAAGGAAAAGGACCAAAUUAAAAAGCACGACAUUGAGAUGACUGAAGAAAAGGAAGAGAACUUUAAAAGAGAAGAGGAAAUUGCCAAGCUGAACAACUCCAGUCCAGAUUCCAAUGAAGGAGUUAAAGAGGGCUGCACUGCCUCCACGGAGCCUUCUUCGACAAUUGAACUCCCAGAUUAUUUGAUAAAAUACAUUGCUAUUGUCUCCUAUGAGCAACGCCAGAAUUACAAGGACGACUUCAACGCUGAGUAUGAUGAGUACAGAGCCUUGCAUGCCAGGAUGGAGACUGUAGCUAGACGAUUUAUCAAACUUGAUGCACAACGAAAGCGGCUUUCUCCGGGCUCAAAAGAGUAUCAGAAUAUUCAUGAAGAAGUCUUACAAGAAUAUCAGAAGAUCAAGCAGUCCAGUCCCAAUUACCAUGAAGAAAAAUACAGAUGCGAGUAUCUUCAUAACAAGCUGGCUCACAUCAAAAGACUAAUAGGUGAAUUUGACCAACAGCAAGCAGAGUCAUGGCACUAGAUCUCUGCUUGGACCAGAAGAUGUGAAUAAACUUAUUUAUUUAAAAUUCCAAAUGAGUUGCUCUAAGAUGCUGAAAAAAAUGAAACUUUGCUUGUUGAAAGUUUCAGUAUUAGUAAACUUGAGUUAUUUACUCUCUCCCCCCCCCCCCCCAUUUUACUUUGCUUCCCUGCAUUUUUGAAGCUGCCUUUUCUGGUCCUUCUUCCCAUCCCUACCCCGCCCCCAAGAUUUAUGUUUGUCAAUAGAAGUAAUCAUUUUUAGAUAUUGGAGGUCCAAUGUCUACAAUUCAGAUCAGCUCUUUUCCUUAAAAACUUAUGUUUGUCAUUAGAAAUGAUUUUUUUUUUAGAUAUUGGGGAUCCAAUGUCCAUACUUCAAAGUUACGUGUGUUUAAAAAAAAAACAGUAAUGUGCAAGGUGAAAUGGUUUUGGAUAAACAUAAGCCUAUUUUCUGACCUUUAUUAAUGCAAACUCUUUGCCUUAAAUGGUAGAAUAUUUAGAAAUUUGCACAAAAUACAAAAAAAAUUAAAACAUUGUUUUGGAGGGUUAAGAAACAGAAAGAUGUAUAUGUAUGUGUGUAAAUAUGCACACACAUGUACAUACAGGCUGACUUGAUCUAGAACAGUAAAUCCGCCCUGCAAGUUAACCCCCCAUCGCAAUGGUUGCCUUAAGGUGUUUGCUAGUUGUGUACAUAGUGUGGUUAAUCAUUAGCUACACUGCUUCCCACUUGGGUAGAGCAAUGGGAAGUAUGCUGUGGCCUACCAGCGUCUGAAAGUGUGUGCUCGACCGAUGUGUGUGCAGAGGUGGCGUGGAUGUGAGCGUGCGUGGAGGAGAAAAGCUGCUACUCUCAGUAGGCCAAACGCUCAGGUUAAACAACAGAUGAGUGUUACUGUAGGGGUUUGUUUUUUAAUUUUUUUUCCUGUCAGAUUGCUACUUCUAUCGUGGAAGACAAAAAGCAUUUCCAUUUCAACAGUUUGUCAGCUUUAUUAAUGUUGGGCAAAAUCAAUAUGUUAUGAAAAUGAAACAGAUCUAUAGUUUUGGGGCAAAAUUAUAAAAUUAAACAUGUAGGUGACCUAUUUAUAUACUGCUAUAAAGUAUUUUUUGAAGAGAGAUAUGCAAAGAAGCUAUUACCUACAUGAAAUGUAUAUUUAAGAUUGUUUUUCAUCCUGGGAGCCAGGAAUAUAAAAAAGAGCGAAUAUAUUUAACCAUAACAUACUGUGAUUCAUCAAACAGCACAAACUUUCAUUUCAUGGAGUUUAUCUGUUGACGUUGAUUUAAACUAUCAUUUGUUUUAUCAUGUGGGAACAUAAGUUAUGUGGUCAAAAACAAGGAUUUUGAACUAAUGUUGAUUCAAGUUGUGUUGUCUUAUCGUAUUGUCUUUUCAAAGUGCUGCCAGUUGAAAAGGGAAGCAUUAUGUUUACAAAUCUGUUUUGAAAUGUUUGCCAAAAUUUUGGUAGUAUCUUUAAUAAAGAUGUUUGUCUCCAGCAUCCAAAAAAUAAAUAAAUAAAUAAAUAAC